AAAAGGGAAAAGUCCGCGAGGCUUUUGGAAUGUGGGGGUGUAGCCUGCCUGGGACUCGCCUUCUCAUGAAUAUUCAGAAACCAGAGAGGAGGGGUCUUAACCCUUCGUUGGCUGGCCGGCCGGAAGGCGGCCCCUCCCCCCUGCGGGCGGGAACAGGAUAUGAGCCCGGGCGGCUGGGGGGAGGGGAAGCCCCAGGCGACCGCCCCCCGCCCCACUGCUGGGACCGGGCUCUCCAGCCACAGAUGUAUGUGGCGCCGCCAGAGCCGGCGCCACCCAUCCCGGAGCCUGAGGGGUCCACAGUCGCAGACUCCAGCCUCCCGAAACUGCACCGCGUCCUGAGGAACCCCGAAGCCCAGGCCCCAGCGUCCAGGCUAGAGGACCCCAGAUAUCCAGGUGCCCAGCGCCCCCUCCUGGAGGAGCUAGGAGUCCGGGACAUCAGCGCCGCGCGACCCUGGAGGCCGAGCUUCCUGCGCCCGGUUUCCAAGAAUUUAGGAUCCCAGACCGGAGAUUCCCUCCAGAGUUUCCCAGAAAGCUGAGCCCAGGACUCCCCGGGUUUGAGGAACUUGGGAUACGGACUCCUAGCGCCCCAUCCAGCCCGUUUGGGGUUGAAGCGCCAACUACUUCAAGAGGACCCUGGAAUUUGGGGCUCCCUGCGCUCCCUCCUGGAGUUGGUUUAAUCCCUGCUCUUAGAGUUAGGGGAACUCAGGAAUCCGGCCCCCCCACCCCACGGCCCCAUCUAGAAGACUCAGGAAUUUGGGUUCCCAGCACCCCCAUCUGAGACUCAAGAGUCGACGCCCCCAGCAUCUUCCAUUUAGAGGACCAAAGAAAUUUGGACCACUGCACCCCAUCCUCCGAGAGACCCCGGAUUCUGGUUCACGGAUCCUGAGAGCCCGAAGUUCAAACCCCUGACUUGCAGAGAGACCCAGGAGUCCCGGCUCUGCGCCUCCCCGGGGACCGUGCUAGGGUCGAAUAGGAACUGGGCUGCCUCGGUUCGGGGCUGGAGACUCCCCGGGAGAAGCCGCUGAGCCACUCAGCCAUGCCCGAAGGAGCCCGUGGACUGGGCCUGUCCAAACCCAGCCCUAGCCUCGGCCGCAGAGGUGAAGUGUGUGACUGUGCGGCUGUGUGUGAGACUCGGACAGCAGCCCCUGCAACCCCCGCCAUGGCCUCCCCCCGAGGUUCUGGGAGCUCCACAUCCCUGAGCACAGUGGGCUCAGAGGGGGACCCGGCUCCGGGGCCCACCCCAGCCUGCUUGGCCUCCAGGCCAGAGCCCCUUCCGGGGCCCCCCAUCCGCCUGCAUCUGUCGCCCGUGGGGACCCCAGCUUCGGCGAAACCCUCGAGGCUGGAGCGUGUGGCCCGUGAGAUCGUGGAGACGGAGCGGGCCUAUGUCCGGGACCUCCGCAGCAUCGUGGAGGACUACUUGGGCCCUCUGCUGGACGGCGGGGUUCUGGGGCUGAGCGCGGAGCAGGUGGGCACGCUGUUUGCCAACAUUGAGGACAUCUACGAGUUCAGCAGCGAGCUCCUGGAGGACCUGGAGGGCAGCAGCAGUGCCGGGGGCAUCGCCGAGUGCUUCGUGCAGAGGAGCGAGGAUUUUGACAUCUACACGUUGUACUGCAUGAACUACCCGAGCUCCCUGGCCCUGCUCCGGGAGCUGUCAGUGUCUCCGCCAGCAGCCCUGUGGCUGCAGGAGCGCCAGGCCCAGCUCCACCACUCACUGCCCCUGCAGAGCUUCCUGCUGAAGCCUGUUCAGCGCAUCCUCAAGUACCAUCUGCUGCUGCAGGAGCUAGGCAAGCACUGGGUGGAGGGCCCAGACGCCGGGGGCCGCGAGUUGGUGGAGGAGGCUAUCGUGUCCAUGACAGCGGUCGCCUGGUACAUCAAUGACAUGAAACGCAAGCAGGAGCACGCUGCGCGCCUCCAGGAGGUGCAGCGGCGGCUGGGUGGCUGGACCGGUCCGGAGCUCAGUGCUUUUGGCGAGCUGGUGCUGGAGGGCGCAUUCCGAGGUGGUGGAGGGGGCGGCCCCCGACUUCGAGGGGGUGAACGGCUGCUCUUUCUGUUCUCACGGAUGCUGCUCGUGGCCAAGCGCCGGGGACCAGAAUACACAUACAAGGGCCACAUCUUCUGUUGCAACCUGAGUGUGACUGAGAGCCCUCGAGACCCUCUAGGGUUCAAGGUGUCUGAUCUGACCAUUCCCAAGCACAGACACCUGCUCCAGGCCAAGAACCAAGAAGAGAAGAGGCUGUGGAUUCACUGUCUCCAGCGCCUCUUCUUUGAGAAUCACCCCGCCUCCAUCCCUGCCAAGGCAAAACAAGUUCUCCUUGAAAACAGCCUGCACUGUGCUCCUAAAAGUAAGUCUAUCCCAGAGCCCCUGACACCUCCACUUGGGUCUCCCCGACCUCGAGAUGCUAGAAGUUUCACCCCUGGACGAAGGAACACAGCUCCAUCUCCAGGACCCGCCACUACCCGCCGUGGCCGCAGACAGUCUGAGCCCCUGAAGGACCCUUACGUCAUGUUUCCACAGAACGCUAAGCCUAGACUCAAGCACACUGGCAGUGAGGGGGAGCUCUACCCGCCCUUAGAGCCUCUGCCACCAGUUCCAGCUUCUGAACCCCCUGAGGACCUGGAGGACACUGGGCCCCCCACGCUGGACCCCUCUGGGACCUCAAUCACUGAAGAAAUCCUGGAGCUGCUAAACCAAAGAGGCCUCCGGGAUCCAGGGUGCCCACUACAGCCACCCCCCCAUGACAUUCCCAAGUUCCCCGGAGAUUCCCAGGUGCCAGGCGACAGUGACACCCUCGCAUUCCAAGCCCCGCCCAGCCGGGACUCUUCAGAAGAGGAGGAGGAAGAAGAGCUGGAUACGGAUGAACGGGGCCCUUCCCCACUCCACGUCCUAGAGGGGCUUGAAAGUUCCAUUGCGGCUGAAAUUCCUGACAUUCCCAGCCUUUCCAAAAGUCCUGAUGUACCCAACCUCCCUGAAAUUCCCAGCCUUUCUGAAAUUCCCCAAAUGCCCCGCCUUCCCAGUCUCUCUGACAUUUCCAGUGUUUUUGAAAUGCCCUGCCUUCCAGCCAUACCCAGUGUCCCCGACAUUCCUAGUCUCUCCAACGCUCCCACUCUCCCCUGUGACUCCUGGCUCCAGGGACCUCUGCAGGAGCCGGAUGAGGCUCUAGCCACCAGGAGAGAGCUCUUCCCUGGAAGCAGUUCUGGAAAACUGGGAGAGCCCUCCUCAGAAAGCAGGGCAGGCCAAGAGGAGGGUGAAGGAGUAUCAUACCCAGCUUUCCAGCCCCGGGAUGUCACCCAAGGUCAGGAAUUCCCAGAUGAGCUGGAGUUCCGCCCUUGCUCAGAAAUCCGGAGUGCCUGGCGGGCACUGGAGCAGGGGCAGCCGGCCCGGCCAGGUUUCCCAGAGCCGCUGCUGAUCCUGGAGGAUUCAGAUCUAAGUGGAGGCAGCGGAAGCGGGAAGGCAGGAGCCCCAACUUCGGAGAGGUCAGCGUCCCGAGUGCGAGAGUUGGCCCGGCUUUACAGCGAGCGGAUCCAGCAGAUGCAGCGGGCUGAGACCCGGGCAUCAGCCAACGCCCCCCGCCGCCGGCCACGGGCUCUGGCCCAGCCGCAGCUGUUGCCCUGCCUGCCCCGUGAGCAGGCUGAGCCAGGGCCCCUGCCUGCCUUUGGACAUGUGCUCGUAUGUGAGCUGGCCUUCUCGCUGACCUGCGCCCAGGAAUCUGUCCCCCUAAGCCCUGCUGCCCAGGUUCAAGCUGCCACAGCUGUGACUGAGCAGCGAGGCUGCCUGGACGGCCAGCGUCUAAAUGUUUCAAGUUUGCCUGAGCAACACCAUCUGGGCAUCCAGGUUCCAGCUGCUACCCCUCUGCCUGAGCAAGGAGGCCUCUGGAAUAUCCGGAUUCCAGCCGCCACACCUUUGCCCAAGCAGGAAGACCCCCCCAACGGCCAGAUGCCAGCUAUUACAACUUUGCCGGAUCAAGAAGGCCACCCGGAAAUCCAAGUUCCAGCUGCCACUCCUUUGCCGGAGCAUAGAGGCCACGUGGAUAUACCGGUUCCAUCUACCACCUCUUUUCCUGAGCAAGGAUGCCACGUGGACAUCCAAGUUCCAAUCACCCCAGCUUUGCCUAAGCGGGGAAGUUGCUCUGAUGUCAUGGCUUUAGCCGCCACUCCUACGCCCAAGCGAGAAGGCCACCUGGACAGCCAGAGCUCAACCAACACCCCGUUAACUAAGCAAGGAGAUUCUAGGGCUGUUCAGUCCCCAGCCACUGCCUGUGGCCAAGCCGUCGAUCGUUUGCUUAUACACAGAAGCAGCCUAGACCCUCAGAUCCCAGCUGACACCCCAGUGCCCUUGCAACACGACCUCCCUGACAUUCAGGUUCCGGGUACCUCACCUUUGCCUGCACAUGGAGGCCACCUAGACCAUCAGACCCCAGCCAACACUCUGCCGUCCUUGCCCCGGGACCUCCCACACUUUCAGGUUCCAGCUGCCGUACCUUCCCCGCAGCCACAAGGCCUCACGGACACCCAGGUCCAAGCCCUCCCACCUUUGCCCCAGCAGGGAGGCCUCCCGGACAUCCAGGGUCCAGCUGCUGCGCCUCUGCUUGAGGAGCAAAGCCUCACAGACCUCCAGGGUCAGAAACUGACACCUUUGUUGGAGCAGAAGAGCCUCACCAACGACCAUGUUCCAGCUGCCCCACCUUUGCCUGAGCAAGGGGGCCCUCGGGACAUUCAGGGCCUGUUACCCACCCGAGUCCAGACCACGGUGGUUUUGUCUAAACAAGGAGGCCACGCGGUCUCUCACGUUGCCAGGUCAGAGUCGUCAGACUUGAGCCCACCCCACAGUCCCCCACUCACAACCCGGCAGCUCCUGGGCUCCAACGCAGCUGCCCUGUCAAGAUACCUGGCAGCCUCAUACAUCAGCCAGAGCCUGGCGCGGCGGCAAGGGCCUGGAGGAGAGGCUCCCCCAGCCUCCCGGGGCCCUUGGCCCUCCUCCGCCCCCACGUCACGGGCACCUUCACCGCCACCCCAGCCUCAACCCCCAGCGCCCCCAGCCAGGAGGCUCAGCUAUGCCACCACGGUCAACAUCCACGUCGGGGGUGGCGGGCGGCUACAGCCAGCCAAGGCCCAGGUCAGGUUGAACCACCCUGCUCUCUUGGCAACCCCCCAGGAAUCAGUGGGCCUUCGCAGAGCUCAGGGGGCUCCCGACGCCCCUUUCCACAUGUGAGCCAGGAUGUCGCGCUUCUUGAAAAGCAGAGACUUCAGCCAGAUGCCACAGACCCUCAGAAUUCACCCGGAAGUCCAGACGCUGAACACAGGUCUAAAAAUUGCCACAGCUUUCCAACACCUGGCGUCUUUGGCACAUGGGCCUUAUUACUUAACCUGGAUUAACCCAACAGGGAUGGGCAAGGGGAUGUCAUUAAUAUUUUGUUAAUAUUAUGAAAUUAUGUAUCUUUCCCAUUCUGGGGGCCGUGGGGGAUGACAGAAGACGACAAUGAAUGGGGAGGUCUGAUACAGCACAAAUCAGUCGUUCUGAAAAUUUGGGGAAUCUCAAACUCCUUUGAGAAUUACUGAAGACUGGACCCAUUACAGUUUGGUGUGUGAUUCUAGAGGGUUUAUGAACUGCUUGAUGCCUAUCUAGGAAGGCCAAGUUAAGAAGCUUUCUCCCAAGCAGAUCCCUCAAAAUUCAUUCCCUUAGCAGUUUAUCCAGUUGAUGUGUCCCACCAUCAUCUAUUCCUCUCAUCUACUUAGCCAAUUCUAUCCACCCAGCUAUCUCUCCGUCAUCUCCCUCUGUCCAUCCGUCUUCCAAUCCAUCAUCCCACCCAUAUGUCUUGCUUUAUUCAACUUUCUCUACCCUAUUCAUCCAUCAUCCUACCCCACCCCCCAUCUAGCACCCGUUCCUCCGUCAAUCCACUCAUCUAUUAUCCCACCUGUCCGUCUUCUCCAACCAACUCUCUCCAUUCAUCCAUUUGUCCCUAUGUCCAUUCAUUCGUACAUCUCAUCACUCAACCAUCUCCUAAUCCAUCGAGCCAACCGUCCAUUUAACCAUCUCUGCCACCAUCCAUCCAACCAUUUUAAUCUCUUUACAUCCAUCCCUCCGUAAUUGGAUUCUUCUGGGUCUUGGUACUACAAAAUUUCGGAGACAAGUUCCCCGCUAAUGCCAAAAUGGAUCAGGUUUGGGGUUCUGGCAGAAGGGUCCCACAUCUGCCUUAUUUCUCUUGGCAACCACUCUCCACCCUCCUAAGUAUUCCAGUUCUCGUACCCACCCAUCGAAUUCUUCUAUCAGAUCUCUUUACUCCCUCUCUCUAGUUGGGGACCUCUACAGUGCCUCAAUAUGCCCCCACACCCCAAAGUAAUUCAGGUCUUAGGGACAAAGGCUUUUAUAUUAAGAUCGUUCUGUCCUCCUCCCAGCAGUGGUAUGCCCAGUGAGAAGCACAAUUUAAGCAGUUUCUUUGGUCAUAUUAGCUGCUUUUAUUGAACACUUAACCUCUUGUGCUUUAGUGCAUCAUCUGUUUAGUCUUCCCUGGAAUUCUCUGAGACACCGCAGCAUCAUGGCUGAGUUGAAGUCCCAGCUUUUCUAGUACUUGGUGUGUUAACUUCCCUCCGAGCCUCGGUUUCCUCAUCUGCACGAUGAGGACAGCAAUACCUGCCUCGCAGGAUCAUCGGAAAGUUUCAGUGAGCGUAUCCUUACUUCCCAAAUGUAUUUAAGCCUGACUCACCGAGGCAGUGUUCAAAUCAGAUGCCCCAGGAUCUAGUCCCAACCCAUGGAAUGAGAACCUCCAAGGCAGGAGCCUAAGAGUCUGGUUUUAACAAUCAAUUAACGGCAACAACAAAAAAUGUUGUUAUUGAGUACUAACUGCAUACCACAGGCAUUAGUCACUUUAUUUGAACUCGUUCACUCUGAGUCCUCACAACAUCCCUAAAAGGCAAGUGAGGAUGAUUCUUACCCCCCACUUUAGAGAUGAGGAAACUGAGGCACAGAGAGGAUAAGGGACUUGCCCAAACAAGUGGGAAGGAGCAGAGCUGGGACUCAUCCACACUGCCAAGCCCAUCGGCACUUUUACUUGAGGGCGUCAGGUGCUGUUCUUGUCACUGGGGGCACAACAGGGAAUAAUUCCUUGCCCACAAGGGGCUUGCAGCCUGGUGCUCCAAAGGCCCUAGGUAAUUGGUCAUUAGCUGGGUAAACUGAGUAAGUCCUGGCUCAGUAAGCGUCAGCUGCUGGCUUCUGUUCAGUUAUUGAGUGGUUACCAUGCCAUACACCAGGGCCUAGACUGAGUCGGCUUCUUGGCCUGGACCUGCUCCGCUGCAGCCUCCCGACAAAGGUCAGGGCUGAGGCUGGCCCUCCCCUCUUCCGCCCCCGGCUGCACAUUCCCAGCUGAAAGAAAGUUCCCAGCCUGGCCUGGGCUCCCAGCGGUGCCGGAAUUCCUGGUAUUUGAGGAGGCAGCAGGGAGGAAGGAGGCCGUCUACUCCAAGGCUUGGAGUGGGGAAGGAGAGGCAAGCCCCCUCAGCCACUCCAGAUGCGUCCCAGCUGUGCCUCUGGGAGGGGGCUAAGAGUCUCAGUAAGGGGGUCUCCGGACCCCGUGCGAAAACCCUGGGCACUAGGCCUGCCUCGGGCCCUCCUACUCCCUGCCCCUGAAUUCCAUUCCUCCUGCCUGCCCAACUCCUACCUCUGCUUCAUAACCCCAGCUCCAACGCCUCCUCAGGAAUACCUUUCUUGCUGGUCUACUACAGCCUGCCUUUUGUAAACUGUCUUUAGAGCUGCAAUUAAGACAGGCUUGAAAAGGAAAAGGGCAGCUGUCCACUGCCUUCUUUGGGACACUGCUGCCCUCCUUGGGAUGUUUAGGUUAAUGCCAGCCAAACCCAGUUAACCCGAGUUAACUCCAGCUCCAGUGCAAAACUUGGUGAGGUAGUUAUUUAGCCACUAGGCUAACUUUCUCACCAGCUAACACGAAGACACCUGCCUGUCACCAACGUCACAGGGAUGUUGUAAACACUUAGCCUGGCAACCAGAUGGAGCUCAAUCAACCCCGCUCUCCAUCUGUAAGAAGCACUUUGUAUGUUUUCUCUGUACACCAGUGCUGUCCCACAGAAUUUUCCUGUGACAAUGUUCUCAUCAGUGCAGCCCAGCUUGGCGGCCACAUGUGGCUACGGUUUUGGUAGGGCAGACAUACAAAAAGGGCAACUAGUCAGUAAAUCCCAAAGUCCUUCUUUUAUAAAGAAAAUUUGUGAAACUCUCCUUGAUUAAGUGUGUAAUGAUGUUCUUGCCAGUACUCAGCAGGGGGAGUAGUGAGGAAGCCCACUUGGGGGCAGAUCGCUUAAGUAUCCAGGUUGGCUGCAAAGGCUGGUAUGGAAGCACA